GAAAGAAUGGUCUUCCUUCCGGUGUCUCACACACUCAUACCCGGUUGAGAAAGAAAAAAAAAAAAGAAGAAGAAGAAGAGAAGGUUAGUAAUUCUGUGAUUAGGGUUUCCAUAAGAACAGGACCGUUCGUCAAUUCGCCAUCAUUCAGAGAAUAAUUUUAUGCUCAUCGAAGCGAAAAGUUGAAUUCUCGCGAUUGUGAUCUCGAUCUUCAUUAUUGCUGCAAUUAAAGAUUGGGUAUUUCGCUUGUAUUCACAAAGAUUUUAAUUUUCAGCUUCAGCUAUGACUGAGUAUUGGGUCAGUCAAGGUAACAAAUGGUGCGACUUCUGCAAAAUCUUCAUUUCCAACAAUCCUCUCAGCAUUAGAAAUCAUGAGCUUGGCCAGCGUCACAAGGAUAAUGUUGCUAAGAGGCUUACUAAUAUGAGACAAGAGAAAGCUGCAAAGGAGAAAGAAGAGAAAGAAGCAGCUCGUGCCCUUGAACAAAUUGAAGCAAAAGCCAACCGUAGCUAUCAGAAGGAUGUAGCAACUUUUCGGGAGGCUAGAGAUAGUAAUAGCCAAGGACCUGAAAUACCUGGAGAGUGGGAGUAUGAGAGCUCAUCUGGUUAUUACUACAAUAAAGACGAUGGUUUCUACUUUGAUACAAAAUCUGGCUUCUAUUAUACUGAUGCUUUAGGUAAAUGGGUCACACAGGAAGAGGCACUUGUUGCAUUUCAAGCUUCUUCAGAUUCCAUAAAAAAAAGACCUAUUUUGAAAAAGCCAUUGUCUGCAUCUGAGGCUGGACCAGCUUCAGAAAACAGAAGUGCUGCUCAAACUCAAAGUGGCCCCCCACCUGGGCGGGUUGUUUCAGCAUCUUUAAACCCCAUGAGAUCCGUUAAAGGUGCUCCUUCAUCACUCACUGCUAACAAGAGAAAAAGGCAAGAUGCCAAGCCCAAAGUUGUAACCGAAGAGGAAGCAGCUGCGCUUAAGGCAAGAGAGGCUGCGAGGAAGAGAGUUGAAAAGAGAGAGAAACCACUGCUUGGUCUUUACAGGCAGUGAUUUGUUACUUCUUUAAGGAACAUUUUCUUGUCUAAAGAUAAAGAGGUAAACUUUCGACAAGUUCUCUACCAAGUUUCCUAUUGAUUUAGAUUACAAUGUUGGCACUGCUCUUAUUGACAACUCGAACGUUUGCUGUAUCAAAUGUUUGUUUCAUAUCUGCAAAAAAUAAUGCUUAAUGUAUUUUUUUUUUUUUGUUCAAUAGUUAGGGGUAUCUGAGCCAACUUGCACGUACUUUAAUUAGUCCCCUCUCUGGUCCGGUCAAAGACUGACAAUUUAC